AUGAUCACGCCGCUACACUAUGACUUGUCUCUGAUUGGCCAAAACCCUUGGUUCCAGUCUGCCUUCUUCCGCAGGUCUACUAGGCACACCCGGAGGCCAAAUGUCCACUCCUCCGCCAGAAUCCGGAAUAUUAAAUUCGUCUCAGUCCCAUCCUUGCUUCAUGCUGACAAGUCAUCAGGACAUAAUAGAGUCUUAGCAGUUCGCUUCUGCUGGCCACAGGGCCGUCUGGAACUACAUUGUGACGGAAAACCUUCCUCUAGCCGUCCCUCAUCCUUGCUCUUUGAGCCUCCACGUUGUAUUCGGCAAUUUCCACCCGAUCUCGACCUAACGGAAUCCUAUUUGUGUCACAUCUGGCGCUUCGGUAUACCUUGGCAACCGGCAAAGUUUAUUCGUCGGCAUCGCGACCGAUCGAAGAAACAUGCGUCCUUCUAG